AUGGACACAGUGAGCUUGAAGAGCGGUAAUAAUCCUUCUAACAGUUCUGCGUCGACGACAGAGGUUCCCUUGGGAGCUCACAGUUCGAAGGCCAGCAAGGGUGCCGACGCUGGUUGUCGUCCAAAAAAGAAGGCAAAAUUCGAGGCACCUUCAUUCAAACCCCCUCCCUACGGAAAGAACUUCGCCGCAACACAAGCUCGGCGGGACAUAUACAAGGAGGUCAGUGAGAGAGUAGUGGCUAUAGCUGAACAUGAGGAUCCUUUUAUUGGCGAGGACAAGAUGAAAAUUGUAUGGACAGAAUGUGCGGAGGAAUAUAGCCGAAGAGCUGGCUUAGAAUCAGCGAAUACCCAGCUGAUAACGACCGAGAAGGAGGAUUUGCAGAAGGUAGAUGCUCAUAAUUUGCAGAAGUUAAUCAAACGGCAAAAGGGAUCCCCGUUCUCUACUCAAUCGACCAAACGAAGCAGACGCAGCGAGAUAUCGCUCUCCGAGUUGAUAAGCUUUGUACCUUCUUUUUUUGCAGCCAAUCAAAUUUUUGAAUUCAUCAAGUCUACCAAGGUGGGGGGCUCGAACAGCAACACACAAAGCAAAGCCUGGAUAGCUAGCAUUACACCGAAUACCAUCGCUUGGGUGUCGACCAUACUUUAUCGAUCCCUCCUCGGCUGGAUAAAUGGGGCCCCCGAUCGAUCUCAACUGGAGAAGAGCUUUACAAAGGAACAGCAUUCAGCUAUAUACGAACGGCAAAAAAGCGUCUGGAAGGGUAUGGGCGAUAAAGAAGGGCUUGCUCGAAUCGAGCAACUUCAGAUAAGAUUGAAUCAACCCCUACUUAUCGGUUAUUCGAAGUUCAAUCCGUACGCUUGCUGCUAUGAUGGCCAUCAAACUUCGUCUGAGCCAGGAGAAACCCUAACGCAGAAGCCGCUUCGGAACAGUACUCCCGAUGAAGAAUUGCAGACCCAAUCCAACGGGUUACACGAAGCCGACGGCCACGGACCUUCGUUGGAUGGAGGGUUUGCACCUGUGAUUGCGACUUGGGCGUGUUACAUAGCAGAAUAUUGCAGCAUUCGACCGCUCUCUUAG